GGAGGAGGCGGGAGCCGUAUCGCACGCAGCUCCAGGCGGGGCAGCCCCGGCGGCUGAGGGACGCGGCGAGACCUUGGCGGGACGGGGAUUUAACCGGGGCCGGGCCCAGCGACCAGGUGGAGACGUCGCCGGAGCCAUUUAGGCACCCGGAAAAUGCGGGUUUGCCUGCAAUGAGAUUUCAUCCUCUGCCUUUAAAGGACGUCCUUUCUGAACUGCUGUGAAUAAAUUUGGAAUGAUACUGUAUAUUUUCAUCUAAUGGAGAAGUAGCUGUACCUUGAAUAAGGAUUGCUGCACUGGACGACUUCAGAAUAUUGCUCAACGAUGUCAUCCAACAGGAGUCAGAAUCCCCAUGGACUGAAGCAGAUUGGCCUUGACCAGAUCUGGGACGACCUCAGAGCCGGAAUCCAGCAAGUGUAUACCAGGCAAAGUAUGGCGAAGUCCAGAUACAUGGAACUCUACACUCACGUUUAUAACUACUGCACAAGUGUUCACCAGUCAAACCAAGCUCGUGGGGCUGGUGUCCCUCCUUCUAAAUCAAAAAAGGGGCAGACGCCGGGGGGAGCUCAGUUUGUUGGCUUGGAAUUGUACAAACGGCUUAAAGAAUUUUUGAAGAAUUACUUGACAAAUCUUCUUAAGGACGGAGAAGAUUUGAUGGACGAGAGUGUUCUGAAGUUCUACACCCAGCAGUGGGAGGACUACCGGUUCUCCAGCAAAGUGCUGAACGGGAUCUGCGCCUACCUCAACAGACACUGGGUCCGCCGCGAAUGUGACGAAGGCCGGAAAGGAAUCUACGAAAUUUACUCCCUUGCAUUGGUGACUUGGAGAGAUUGUCUUUUCAGGCCAUUGAAUAAACAGGUAACAAAUGCUGUUUUAAAACUGAUUGAAAAGGAAAGAAAUGGUGAAACCAUCAAUACAAGACUGAUAAGCGGAGUUGUACAGUCUUACGUGGAACUGGGACUGAAUGAAGAUGAUGCCUUUGCGAAGGGCCCAACGCUAACAGUGUACAAAGAAUCCUUUGAGUCUCAGUUUUUGGCUGACACAGAGAGAUUUUAUACCAGAGAGAGUACCGAAUUCUUGCAGCAGAACCCGGUUACUGAAUACAUGAAAAAGGCGGAGGCUCGUUUGCUGGAGGAGCAGCGGAGAGUCCAGGUCUACCUUCACGAAAGCACCCAGGACGAGCUAGCCAGGAAGUGCGAGCAGGUGCUCAUCGAGAAGCACUUGGAGAUUUUCCACACAGAGUUUCAGAAUUUAUUGGAUGCCGACAAAAAUGAAGAUUUGGGUCGCAUGUAUAAUCUUGUAUCUAGAAUCCAGGAUGGCCUGGGAGAAUUGAAAAAACUCCUGGAGACACACAUUCAUAAUCAGGGUCUUGCAGCGAUUGAAAAGUGUGGAGAAGCUGCUUUAAAUGACCCCAAAAUGUAUGUACAGACAGUGUUGGAUGUUCAUAAAAAAUACAACGCCCUAGUGAUGUCAGCGUUCAACAACGAUGCUGGGUUCGUGGCCGCACUGGACAAGGCUUGCGGUCGCUUCAUAAACAACAACGCAGUUACCAAAAUGGCUCAGUCGUCCAGUAAAUCCCCGGAGUUGCUGGCUCGAUACUGUGACUCCUUGUUGAAGAAGAGCUCCAAGAACCCAGAAGAAGCAGAACUAGAAGACACGCUCAACCAAGUGAUGGUGGUCUUCAAGUACAUAGAGGACAAAGACGUGUUUCAGAAGUUCUAUGCGAAGAUGCUGGCCAAGAGGCUCGUCCAUCAGAACAGUGCAAGUGAUGAUGCUGAAGCAAGCAUGAUCUCUAAGUUAAAGCAAGCUUGUGGUUUCGAGUAUACCUCUAAACUUCAGCGGAUGUUUCAAGACAUUGGUGUAAGCAAAGAUUUGAAUGAGCAGUUCAAAAAGCACCUGACGAAUUCAGAGCCUCUGGACUUGGAUUUCAGUAUUCAAGUUCUGAGUUCUGGAUCGUGGCCCUUUCAGCAGUCUUGUACGUUUGCCUUGCCGUCGGAGCUGGAACGGAGUUACCAGCGAUUCACGGCGUUUUACGCCAGCCGACACAGUGGCAGGAAAUUGACAUGGUUGUAUCAGCUGUCAAAAGGAGAAUUGGUAACAAACUGCUUCAAAAACAGAUACACUUUGCAGGCAUCUACAUUCCAGAUGGCCAUCCUGCUCCAGUACAACACAGAAGACGCUUACGCCGUGCAGCAGCUGACAGACAGCACCCAGAUCAAAAUGGACAUCUUGGCACAAGUCCUACAGAUUUUAUUGAAGUCGAAGUUAUUGGUCUUGGAAGACGAAAAUGCAAAUGUUGAUGAGGUGGAAUUGAAGCCAGAUACCUUAAUAAAAUUAUAUCUUGGUUAUAAAAAUAAGAAAUUAAGGGUUAACAUCAACGUGCCAAUGAAGACGGAACAGAAGCAGGAACAAGAAACCACACACAAAAACAUCGAGGAAGAUCGCAAGCUGCUGAUCCAGGCGGCUAUUGUGAGAAUUAUGAAAAUGAGGAAGGUUCUAAAGCACCAGCAGUUACUUGGAGAAGUACUGACCCAGCUGUCCUCAAGAUUCAAGCCUCGGGUCCCAGUAAUUAAGAAAUGCAUUGACAUUCUGAUCGAGAAAGAAUAUUUGGAGCGAGUGGAUGGUGAAAAGGACACCUACAGUUACCUGGCCUGACCCUCCUGGAGGGGUCUGACCGCGGCGCAGCCCCUCGUCCCGCGGGAAGGAUGGAGACGAGGCGGCGGCGGCGGCGGUAGCGGCGCCGCCGCCACGCGGACCUCCUGCUCGGCCCGAGGCCCAGGCUCCCAUCGCGGGCUCCGGGCAAUGAGAACUGCUCAGGAUCGCCACACUUCACGUCUGUAAAUACGGACACCGACGCCAUUUAAGCUAAUUUAAGACCAGAGGGGAUGGAACCUUCCUCGCUGAGGGCUGCAUGCUUCUGCAUCCGAAUCAACCCAUUGGCCACGUGAAUGACAGCGGCCGGCCGGGCGGCCCUUCGGAGGCCGGCAGCGCCUGGAGAGCAGGUCUGAAUGGACCCACGUGUAAUCCGCUAUGAAAAACCAUUUGUAUAGUGUGUUUCAUUUUUUAAUGUGUGAAAAUAAAGAAAAUUACAGGAUUUCUGUACAAGUCGCA